CACCCCCUGUCUCUCUUUCUCCCCUAGUUUCCCCUCAAAGCCCAUGCUCUCCUCUGGUUCCCACAGCCCCAGUUCUCUCCUCUACCUCUCUUGACUCACAGUCUCCUCUUAAUGGCACUGUCUCUGUGCUCUAAACCCAGCCCUGCCACCUCUCCUCUGCAACUCUCCAUUUAUUUCCACCUCAUCAUGAUUUCAAAUAUGUCUUAAAUAGAAACUCUCUGCUUCCCUCUGCAAAGUCCACUUCUCUACAGUCAGCACUCUGCUUACUAUCCAAACCAUCCACUUUUCCAUCAGUUGUUCCCCCCCUCCACUCAAUCUCCCUCUCUCUCUCUCUCUCAACUUUUUCUUUUUCUUUUCCAAGAGCUAUAGAAGCUCUUCUGUUCACUCCCUUCUUUCCAAAACCCAAGUUUUUGAAAGCAACUGCCACCAUUACCUUCCCUCUCCAAAAGCACCUCUCCUUAGAAAAACUUAAUCUUUAUUCCAGUACCCAACCUCCACUAUCUCCUAUAUUCUGCCUUUCUAUCCAAAGAUUGCAUUUUUUUUUUAACUAGUCCUCAACCCCCACUCUCCCCAACUCUGUAGCUCUCUCCAAAAGUUUGCAGUUUUAUCUUAGUGCUCAACAACCACCAUUCCUCUCUCUUUCUCUCUAUCUCUAUCUGUUUAUCUGAGCCAUCCUUCAAAAGCUCUCAUACUUAUCUCAGCACUCAAAGUUCAGGAAGAAGAAGGAGAAUGUCACCGGACUACAGCUCGCCGUUCCUCAACAACGAGCUCUCGAAGCGGACGGUGAUCUUCGGCCUCCACAUGUGGGUCAUCGUCGGCAUCUGCGUCGGUGCCGCCUUCGUCCUCCUCCUCUUCCUCAUCUCCCUCUGGUUCGCCUUCCGCCGCGGGGGCGCCGCCCCUGGGCACCGCCUCCCCAAGCCCUCCCGCCACCCCUCUUCCAUCCCCGUCAUCUCCAAAGAAAUCCAAGAAAUCCGCGUCGACCCCUCCCGCCACUCCGACACCCGGCCUUCCCUCGCACACGCCCUCCACAAGCCCCUCCCGGAUGCCCAGACCCCCUCUGUUUCCAACGAGCGGCAGGCCCUCCUCGUGCCGCCCGACGAGGAGAGCCCGAUUCUGCAGCAGAGGAUCCACAUCGAGAUUGGCAAGGACCAUAGGAUCACCUACCCGGAGCGCGGCGCCGCCGCCGCCGGCGGCGGGUCCUCGCACGGCAGCGGCGAGAGCCGGUCGGUGGAGCAGGCAACGAUCGCCGUCCCGGAGGUGUCUCAUUUGGGCUGGGGGCACUGGUACACUCUCCGGGAACUCGAGGUGGCGACGAAUAUGUUCGCCGACGAGAAUGUGAUCGGAGAGGGUGGGUAUGGGAUCGUCUACCAUGGCGUUUUGGAGGAUAAAACCCAGGUUGCAGUCAAGAACUUGCUCAACAAUAGGGGUCAAGCUGAGAGGGAAUUCAAGGUUGAAGUGGAAGCAAUUGGGCGUGUUCGACAUAAGAAUUUGGUGAGGCUACUGGGUUAUUGUGCUGAAGGUGCUCAUAGGAUCCUUGUUUAUGAGUAUGUUGAUAACGGGAACUUAGAACAGUGGCUUCAUGGGGGAGUUGGACCUUGCAGCCCUCUCACAUGGGAUAUUCGCAUGAAUAUUAUACUUGGAACAGCAAAAGGCUUAAUGUACUUACAUGAGGGGUUAGAACCGAAGGUAGUUCACCGGGAUAUUAAAUCGAGCAACAUUUUGCUCGAUAAGCAGUGGAAUCCAAAGGUUUCAGAUUUUGGGCUUGCCAAGCUCCUGGGGUCCGAAAGGAGCUAUGUCACGACGAGAGUGAUGGGAACAUUUGGUUAUGUUGCUCCUGAGUAUGCUAGUACCGGUAUGUUGAAUGAGAGGAGCGAUGUGUAUAGUUUUGGGAUUCUUAUUAUGGAAGUCAUUUCUGGUCGAAACCCAGUCGAUUACAGCAGGCCUCCAGGAGAGGUUAAUCUAGUUGAAUGGCUUAAAACGAUGGUCAGCAAUCGGAAUUCUGAAGGGGUUUUGGAUCCUAAAUUGCCUGAAAAACCUUCUUCAAGGGCAAUGAAAAAGACUCUUCUAGUGGCAUUGCGAUGUGUGGAUCCCGAUGCACAGAAAAGGCCGAAGAUGGGGCAUGUGAUACACAUGCUUGAAGUUGAUGAUUUUCCAUAUCGAGAUGAACGGCGCACUGGACGAACAUAUAGAGGCAGCCCUCACGAGAAAACAAAUUUGCCAGUGACUGAAUCAGGCGACAGUAGCGGGUACGAGAGCAAUGCCAAUGUCAAUGGACCCUCUAGGUGGAGAAAGCAAGUGGAUUAGCUGAUAUGGUGCAAAGCAUUAUAACAUUUGUACAUUUGUAAGCAUCAAGCGACGAUGUUUGAAAGGUUUGAUCUCUCCUAAAUUCCAGACCGAGCAACACUUCCAGAAGUACACUCGCAGGCUCUCAUAUCGUUUCUCUGCUCGAACUGGCUUAUUCGUAUGUCGUGCUAUAAGCUGUAUAUGUAAUUCCAAGUGAUCUUAUAUGAGAUCAAGUUUGGUGGAGCUUUGGCUAUGUUCAUUGUUCUGUCUGUUAUUGUAUGAUUCAGAUAGCAUGUCUAUACAUUCUAUCACUAGUGAGAAAAUUAUGUACAGUUAAAAGCUCUUUGCUUCUUUGAGUUCUACUUUAUUCAGUUUGCUACAUUGGAUACAUAAAACUUAUGAAGUUUAAUCUUUAUUUCAUAACUUAUUAGCUUUCUUACAGGUCAUCAUUGGGGUUACAGAAUUGGAAUAAAUAAAGACACUUGCAAUCCAUGCAGGACCUCAAAAAUCUGGCAGCACUCAAGUAAAUGGUUAGACUACCUAUGUGAGGACAGAGUCAUCUAAUUUUGUUCGAGCAAGAGACGAUGGCACUUGCACCUCAGAACAGUAAAAAGUGAUGCUAAAGCAGUUUGGAAUCUGACAACACUAUUAGACUCCUUUCCGGAGUACCAAUGAUAGAAGGCACCAUUUAAAGAGGCAAGGAUUCCCAAGGACAUAAGUCAGCACCUACAGCAUCCUGCCUCGUAGCUGUCUAUGCUCUCUUUUAAGUGACUGCAAUACCCCUGUUCUGUAGAGUUUUUUGACUUCAGAAUGUAGGAAGCAUGUACAUUUAUUGCA